GGCGGGGAGGAUCGCGGCUGCGGGUUAGGCUUUGAAAGUCAGCCUCACAGGCAUUGCAGCAGAGCCCCGAGCGCGGAGGGGUGCGGAGCUGAGCGGAGCUCGCCGUAUCAAGCGUGGAAUUAUUGAGGAAGAAGAUGAAUGUAUCCUUGGACUCCUGAAGGAAGAGCUUUCCCAAUGAGAACACUUUCAAGGAGUUGCUCUUAAAGUGCUUGUCCAGAAGUUACCUGAUUCAGCAUGACAGUUUUCCAGUUCUGAACAUCAUCAGCUGGAGGAGAAUUUCAGUGCUUAAAAGGAAUUUUAUGUUCUUGGUGGAGAUGGAAAAAGAUGAAAACCCCGUAGGCUUCCUGGAGAAAGAAAGCAGCAAUGGAACCUUGUUACAGUGGAACCAUAUUUUGAGUGCUCCUCCUAGAUAUCUUUCAUAAAUCUAUCAGCAGAUUGAUGUGAUUGGAAACCUGGCUCAUCCAGCAGUAUACACUGGAAGAAACCUGCUUAGAGUAUGACAUUUUGUAUCGCUCUGAAAGCUUGAGAAAACACUAGACAUCUACCUAUUAUUUCUUAACUUUGCAUCUAGACUCAGCUACGCAAAACUAGUCUUUGAAGUGAAUAGAACCAGAGCCCUUUUGGAAACUCUUAUUGAACAUGACUCAUGGAGAAGAGCUUGGCUCUGAGAUGCACCAGGAUUCUGUUGUUCUAACUUACCUAGAGGGAUUACUAAUGCAUCAAGCAGCAGGAGGCUCAGGUACUACGGUUGACAAAAAGUCUACUGGGCAUAGUGGAGAGGAUCAAAACUUCAAGAUUUCUGGAAAUAUAUUUCCCAGUUGUCAAAGUAAUGGUCCAGUUCUUAACACAAAUACAUAUCGGGGAUCUGGCAUGCUACACCUCAAAAAAGCAAGACUGUUGCAGUCUUCCGAAGACUGGAAUGCAGCAAAGAGAAGGCGAUUAUCUGAUUCCAUUGUGGAUUUAGAUGGAAAAAAGGAAGCUUUGUUAGCUGGCAUGGUUGAAAAUGUGCCUAAAGGCAAACAGGAUAGCACGUUACUUGCCUCUUUGCUUCAGUCAUUCAGCUCUAGGCUGCAGAGUGUUGCUCUGUCACAGCAGAUUAGGCAGAGCCUUAAGGAGCAAGGCUAUUCCCUUAGCCACGAUUCUUUACAAGUGGAGAAAGAUUUAAGGUGCUAUGGUGUUGCAUCCAGUCACCUGAAGACUCUUCUGAAGAAGAGCAAAGCGAAAGAUCAGAAGCUGGACAACAGCCUGCCUGAUAUAACAAAGAACCUGCCCAAAGAGAGGUUUCUAGAAUCUCCUCACACGAUGCAGAGUGGACCUAAAGUGAUGAACGAGCCACUGUCAUGUGCUGCAAGGUUGCAAGCUGUUGCAAGCAUGGUAGAGAAGCGAUCUAGUCCUGCCACUUCACCGAAGCCCAGCGUAGCAUGCAGCCAGCUAGCUUUACUUCUAUCAAGUGAAGCUCACUUGCAGCAGUACUCCAGGGAACACGCUUUAAAAGCACAAAAUGCAAAUCAAAUAGCAAGCGAGAGACUUGCAGCCAUGGCCAGAUUACAAGAGAGCACUCAGAAAGAUAUUGGCCAGUUUGGUUUAGCAAAAGGAAUGACAAGCCAUCUCAAUGGUCAAACAGGAUCAUCAACCAAAACAGGAUCCAGCAAAAGCAAUAUGGCACCAUUUCAGAGUUCAGCGGGAAUCGUGCGUUCGUCUCCCAAAACUGUAGGGUACAAAAGCACUUUGGAAAGGAGUAACUUGAAAACCUCUCCCAGCAACAGCUUGCUCUUGCAUCUACUGAAAAGCCAAAAUACCACCAAACAUCUAAAAGGGCAUGAACAGAGUGACAAAGCCAGCAUUUUUGAAGACAGCAGCACACCAACAACUAUUGAUGAGUAUUCAGACAACAAUCCUAGUUUUACAGAAGAUGACAGCAGUGAUGAUGAAAGCUCCCAUUCUAACUGUCUUCCUAUAGACCUCUCCUUUAAACAGAGGACAGAUAAACCAGAUGCAGGUCCACCUGCAUCACUGGAUAACCUGACCCAGUCACUGCUUCAUAACUGGGAUCCAAAAGUUUCUUGUCCAGAGAAUAAGGAAGAUAAAGACACUCCAAAAGCUUCUAAGCUGAAUCCCCAUCAGAAAGUAACUCUACUUCAGCUGUUACUUGGGCAUAAGAGUGAAGAAAAGGUAGACAAAUGCAAUGACCCUCAGGGACCACACAGUACAGCUGAUGUGGCAAAAUUCACUGUACAGACUGGUAAAAAGACUCCUGUUACUGACAGUCCCAGUGCAAAUCGAAUGACUCCGUUAAGCACUCCACCUUUGCUGGCUUCUACAAAAGCAGACUCUCCUAUAAAUCUCUCGCACCAGUCAUUAGCCAUCAAGCGGAGCUCUCCACCGUAUGCCUGCAGCAUCCAGCCAGACAGACUGGUCCCACUGAAUCCCGCAUCUAAACAUUUGAUAGACCUUUCUAAAAGCAAAGAGAUUCAAGGAGCCAAGCUGAGCAGGAAUGAGAGUCCCCAAAACUCCUCGACAUUCAGUGCCAGCAAGCUGCUGCAGAACCUCGCUCAGUGUGGCAUGCAGACUUCCAUGUCAAGUGAAGAACAAAGAGCUAGCAAACAGCUGCUAGCAGGGAACACAGAUAAACCUAUUGGCUUGAUUGAUAGAUUGAACAGCCCUUUGCUUACAAGUAAAUUGAGUAUGCAUGAAGAAAAUAACAAAAUAUUCAAUUGUCAGCCUGCACCUGCAGAACAAGGGCUUCCAGGUUCUGAAAUAGAAAAUCUCCUUGAAAGACGCACCGUCCUUCAGCUACUUCUGGGAACUCCCAAUAAAGGUAGAAGUGAAAAGAAAGAGAGGAUGUUUCUAAGAGAUGAAAGUUCUCAGGAACAGACAGAAAAGGCUUUGAAUGAACAAAUAUUGACGGUGAAAAUAAAAACCGAACCACCUGAAGAAUCAAAUAUUACUUACAAUUCAAAUGCACAGGUAAGAGAGUGCAAGGGUAACAAAUUUCAAGGAUUUGUUCAUUCACUGCAGAGAAAUGCAGCUACUUCUCCAGCAUCCACAGAGCUGAAAUCUGAGCCUCUUUCACCUCAAGAUUUCUCUUUUUCCAGAAAUGGCCUGCUAAGUAGGUUGCUGAGACAGAAUCAAGAUAGUUACCCUGCAGAUGAGCUGGACAGAAGUCACCGCAACAAUGAGCUGACACACCUUGAAUCAAAAAGUCUUUGCACAGUACCGAAGAAGAGAAAGCUUCACACUGAGCCAUUGGAAAGCCCAUUAAAAAAGAUGAAAAGUAAUGCGUCUGAUGCUGCAAACAAUCAUGCUUCUCCCACUGAGGCACUGUACGGGCCUUUGCUUAGCCAGCAAGAACUGAAAUUCAGCAGAAGCGAUGCUGAAUUUAAAUAUGCUGUAAGUCAUGGUUCAAAUAAUGAGAGUGAAAAUAGGAGUUGGUCUAGAGAUAGUAAAGGCUUUAAUGUUUUGAAACAGCUGCUUCUCUCAGAAAACUGCGAGAGAGAUCUGUCACAGCAUAGGAACAACAUACUGACAGAGGGCAAGAAAAAAGGCAACAAAACCAGUGCGACAAUUAAUAAACCCGAAUUCGGCGUUCCUUCAGUAAAUGCAUUGAUGGGAAGCCCUGUGCAACAGAACAAUUGUGUAGAUCAUAGAACAUUUCAGUAUCCUGUAGCAGUAAAAAGUCCUGCUGGUUCCCCCUUCCCUGAACACUUGGGGAGUGCAGUGUCUAGGCUCGAGUCUGACCAGUUUAACAUGUGUCCCAUGCCUAGUGAAAAGGGGCCCAUCAGAUGGGUGAUCACAGGUAUUGACAAGAACGACUAUGAAAAGGACUCUCCAAGACUGACCAAAACCAAUCCCAUAUUGUACUACAUGUUACAGAAGGGUGGCAACUCUCUUAGUAGCCAAGAAGCACAUGACAAAGAAAUUUGGAAUGAACCUUCAUUUACUGAUAGUUCAGCUCAUGUUACAAUCAAAGAGGAGUUGACAUCCGAUGCAGAGAUUAAAGCUCCUUUUAGUAACUUAAGCCCUUACAACAGCCAUAUGGGGAGUAAGACCUCUCAUCAACAUGGUGUGAAUGGAGAAGUGCAUGGACUUCUAGAAAAAGUGCUAACAAUCAAAAAAGAGCCAGAAUAAACUACAGCCUCCUCAAUGAGUUUACAAUCAGCGGGUUUGAAUCUUUGUUUAAAAAAAAAAAAAAAAAGAAAAGAAAAAAUAAAAAUGAGUAAGAACUUGACUACUGUAUAAAUUGAGCAUGAUUUUAGAAAAGCAUGGUCUUAAUUGAAAUGUUUUCAUUUGAUAACUUUUUAUUUUUCUGGUGAUGUUAUUUAAAAUACAUGUAGAUAAAAUUUGCUUUACAACAGAUUGUCACAAGGAAACUAGAAAGGUUGUAAUUUGUACAAGACAUUUCUGUAUGUAUCAGAUUAAGUUAUGAGUACUCUUUGAUUAGAGUCUGAUUUGGAUCUGCAAGUUUUUAGUACAACAUAAAAUGUAAGCGUACAGCCUAGGUGGUGGUAAUGCUGCAGUUUCCUCCCUCCCUGUAAAAUAAUCCUUUUUUUUUCUUUUUUUUGAAACCUGAGCAUAGACACAGCGUACCUUUUUUUUAAUGUUUUAAUAUGUUUUGUGAAACUUUAAGAUUAAUUUUUAAGAAAUGGAGCAGUCUGUCCAAGGUAUGAGCUCAUCAUGUUGGAAAACCUGUGUCAGUGUUAAUAAUUGAAGUGCACUGAAAUGUAUUUUUUAGUGCUUCCAAAAUUUUUAUUGUUAUUUUUAAAACUUGUUUGUGGUCCUGCCAGAAUAGUGGUGUAAAAUCUAUUUUUCUUCCUUGCCCUACUCUUGACAAAUGCCUUCCUCACAAUCCUUAGCCGUAGUUAUGAGUUACUAGUUAGGACAAAUUGGGGGUUUUUUUCUAGGUUUUUAUAAAAAAAGGUGGAUUUUCAUAGGCUAUGUAACUACUACAUGAGUCCUUUUGUCAAUGCAUUCCCGUGACUUCCCUGGUUAGAAAGUGAAAGCCAAAUACCUUUUGGAGUAGUGUCUUUAAGAAGGUUUAGUACUUGUAUUUGGUACAAAACGGUGGGGAAAAAGUGAAGUGGAUAAGGAAAGUUGGCUAUUUAGCACCAUCCAGCUUCCCCUGGAUAAGAAUACCAACUGUGCUAAAGCAGCACAUCAGACUUCCCCUCAAAGAUGAAAUAGGAUUUUAAUGAAAAAUGUGUUGGCCUCUUCCUACAACCAGGGAAAAGAAUCCAUAUUCUGCCAAUAUUUAUUACUCUCUGAACAGCUGAUGUGUGGUUUAAUGCACUACCCUUCCACUGCAGAAAAUCUGAGUUUAGAAUAAUUUUUCAGGUUGCAGUGAGGAUAAAAUUGUGGUUUCGUCAUAUUCUGUAAUAGAUAGUGGGACAUGUCUGAGAAAUCCUCCUUUGCCCUUUUCCUCAAUACCCACCUGUGCUGUGAUUUGUAACAUCUGGCAAUAUCAGCCUGAGAUGGGAGCAACUGAAAAUUGCAGUCAAAGCUGAGACACCUUAAAAGAAUUACUGGCGGGGGAAGAGCCAUGCGGCUCUGCUUUCCUGUUAACGCUGUCAGUGUUAACUCCCUUUGCUUGCAGCCCUUAUUUCUCAUGGUGGGAGGAGGAAGAGGACAAAAUCCAGUUGCUCUAAAUUAUGUGCAUUAUUGGCAACCAUAAGUUUUGCUGAACUUUUUACUCCCCUGAAAAAAAUGUUCUCUGUACCAUCCAAUUUCACUGGUAAUCCCCUGUGCUGUCAGCAGACAGCUAAGUAGUUGACUCACACAGGUAAUAAAAGCUACACUCUUUAAUUUUGACUGUUUUCACCAUUGAGAGAUGACGACGUGACAAAGCUGCUGUUUCUGUCCAUCUCGCAUAGGAGAGAUGAGUGAUGGAAUGUUUUGCUCUUUUCCUUUCUGAUUUGGUUUCUGAGAUCUAUUUCUCAGAUUGCUGGCUUGCCAAGAUAGAGCAAGCUGUUGUCCCUUCUUCUGUCCUCUGCCCCUGCCCAGGAAAAGUUUCCCCCUUUCCGGUGCAGAAAGGGACUUCUCCUGUCUGCCAGCUGGAAAAUGCACCACUAUUCUCUUUUGCCCCUCUGGGGGAGACCUUUUUUUAGGGAACACAAAUAUUUGGCAGUAUCCGGUAUAAAACAUUCCCCCUGCUUUAUAUGAGAAAUAACAGAGUGAUUUAAAGAUAUAUUUUUAUGUUAUUUAGGUGAAGCGUAAUAUAUUAAUGGGCUGUACAAAGAAGAUUUAUAUUUUAAAACCUUCACACAAGUCUAAUAUCAUUUUAAAUGUAAUUGUCUGAAGUAUAAUAUAAAAAUAAAAAUUGUUUGUCUUUAAUAUUGCAUUUAUAAGUGGCCCAAUGACUCAUAGAAUGUCUCAUAGAAUAAUCAUUAAUGAGAUAAAAUAUAUUUUGGAUUGACAGUGGAACUGAAUUCUUUUUAUAUGAGUCAACCCAGCAGAAAUAUUAAAAAGAUGGUAUUUGUUCCAUCCAUUAAAUCUCUUAAAGUCUUAAUUGAUUAUUUUUCUUGAAACAACAUGUAUAUAGCUAGGAAAUAUGUACAACAUAGAAUAAUAGAUGGUCCUUGGAGUAAAUACAGGGCUAUAAUUUACUUGAAGGUUUCCACAGAAAAGUGCAGCUUGAAUGGAUAUGAAAUAAUCUGGUUGGAAGAACUGCAUCAAAACAAAGUUGAGAUGAGAAGCAGGGAGGAGAAUCUAACCCUAACAAAGAGUCAUAUUGGAGUCUAGGAGUGUGCUUACCUAUGUAUUUAUUCUAUGGUAGUCUAUUGUUAUAAUAUAUGCUUUUGAAUGUUUAGUUUUUAAAGUUUUGUAAAACAAUUAAGUUGAAAUGUUAACAGUUUGACCAGUUAAUGAUUUAGCUUUCUUUUUAGAUGAUGUUAAUGAAAGGAUAUUACCAUUUUCACAGACGUCAGUAAACUAUAAUACAUGAGAAUUUAAGUUUAGGACAUGCUGUUCAUGGAAGAAUCUCGCCUCUUGUAGACAUUGCAAUCUCAAGCAGCAUCUAACAUAACAAUGAGGCCCUUAAAAAGAGGGCAGGGAAUGUUAACUGAAUGCUAUUAAGAGUGUAUCAGUCUCCUAGUUGAAAUUCUCCAGUAUCACUAAUGUUACCCCCUCCCUGGCAAAGAGAGGUCUUCUUUACCCCAUCCACGUUUAUAGCCUUUAAACCUGAGGACCAAAAGCUCUUUAAUAAUCUUUAUCUUACAGCAUGAGUGAGUAAAAAGAGUCACCAUCAUUUGUCUUGAGGACUUUUCCAUCAGAAAAGGGGGAUUGGCAGAAGCCGAGUUUGCAGCAGCAGAAAGGUCAGUAGGCCUGGCUGUGUUUUCCCAGGCAAUUAGAAGAACCUUGAUUUCCACCAGUCCCUGUAGAUGAAUGACAAACUAAGGUCCUCUGUGGAGUAACACUUGGUAUUCUCAGCAACUCCUGUCUUCUUGGUUCAGUAGAUGUUUACUAUUAGGAUAUGCAUUUCAGCAGUCCCCAGGGUGGUUCCUCAGUCUGUUGGAGUGGAAGCUUCAAAGAUAGCUCUGCAGACUCAGGAGGCUGAAGUUUCAGCUGGGCCUUUAAACUAUAGACAGACCCAAAGGAGAAACGGGGACUUGUCAGAUAUUGGCAGCAGCAGUAGCAGCAUAGGCAAAGAGGUGCAGGACUGAUGGAUGCUGUUUGGUCUCUUCAUCAAAGAAGGGUGGAGGGGAGAGAGGGGAGAAUACAUCCUACUUGUAGCUAGGUGAGACUACUGGGGGAAAGCUGCCUCCACCUCAUGGAGCAGUGAAGAAGGGAGUUGGGAAUGUGUCUAUACCACCCACUUCAAGUUGUAAUUGCAACCCUUUGCAACUUAGACCUGAAUUAACUUCAACCUCACUUAACUGGGAGCAGUUGCAGUAGCAGCAAUUGGGUUACUAAGUGCCAGAUGCUUUACUUGAGGGGGCAUCUACAGGCUUGUGCCACUUCACCUGCUGUGGUGGUGUAGUGCUCAAACUAGCUAGAUUGGGGGAUUGACUUGCAAUGGCCACACAGAUAUGCCUUUUCUUUCCAGGGAAGAGUGUACUGGACUAAGAUAACCAUAUUUCUAGUCUCUACUCUGGCUAAGUUUGAGGAAAUUAUUGGCGGGAAGGGGGGUGUGGUUAACGUGUGAUGACAGAUUCAAAGGUGUUUUGCUGGAGGGCUUGUCUGCUGAUACCACAUAACUGGGCAACUCAGUUUAAGAAGUUGAUAAACAAUAUGAGAUCAAAAGGGAAUUCAGCCAUAAGUUUCACUUUUCUUAGCCAUUUGCUCUUAGUAAUGUUUUAAAAUUUUUGAUUUGCAAAUGUUUUUAAAAGAAAGGAAUGAAUGGUUUAAAUUUUCCCUGUUAAAUGUUGGUGAAAGUAUUACAGCUCUCAUUGACGUCAGUGACAUGAUAUUACCAGUUUGUUCUCUGUCACGUCUUACAGAGGAGUAAACUGGUAAGUAUAUAUUAUAUAUAUUUAUAUAUAAUGUAAAUAUAUUGACUUGUUACACCUAUAAUAUGUUGAAAUUGGUUUUUAAAAGGUGAUGUAAAUAGUGGUUUCCUUAAUGAAAAAUACAUAUUUUGUAUUGUUCUAAUGAAAAGGAAAAAAACCCCUUUUAAUCUUUUUUUGUUAUGUAUAUUCCAUGUAUAAGUGUAAAUAUGAUCACAUAGGUUUAAAAACUUUUGCAUGUAUGUAUACAGUUGCAAGUCUGGAAGAAUGUAUAGAAAAAACCUUUUAUUUAAAGUUGUGAUUACCUGCUGCAUGAAAAGUGCAUGGGGGACCCUGUGCAUCUGUGCGUUGGCAAAAAAAAUUAAAUUAAAAAUGUCUUAAGUCAGGUCAGUUCAAAACAUGACAGUAUUCCACUUCUGGACAUGACUUCUGCUGUGGUAUUUUAGCUUUGUGAAAGAAUGUGCUUCAAAUUAAAAGGGUCUGGGGGAAAAAAAAAAAGCAAAACUACUUUUAAAAUGUGAAAUACUCAUACAACUAUAAUCAGUCAUGUAAAUUCAGGACUCCAUUUUGCAUAAUUGAAAUAUUGUACCAGGACUAUUCCAUCUCUGUGAAACAAAGGAAAAUGGAUUUUCAUUGCCAUACUUAAGAAUUCUGGAUUUUGCCACAACCAAUUUUUUGUGAUGUGUCUUCAGUAAUUUAUCUAACUGGUCUCAUUUUUUAAUUAGAAAUUCAUUUCCUCAUGUGAUGUCACAAAACUGUACAUACUGCAGUGUGAAGUUUUUUUAAAUCUUUCAGUGUUUACUUCCUGCAGAAGAUUUGAAUAAAUGAGAAAAAUGCAUUGUCUUGAUGG